AUAUCAGUAUGUUCUUCAUCAAAAGUAUUGCGAGUAUUAGGAAGUCUAUCGUAGUAAUUACGAUAUUCCUGAGGAAUAAUCCGUCCAUUACAAAGACUCAUUAAGUCAUCAAAUUUAGCUGCUGUGAUAGGCAAAUAAUCUGUGUUGCAUAAGUCUAAUGUUGUGUUAAUUGUUUUCAAAUUAUUUCUUCGAGACGAAUAAGAUUUUUUGAUUAGAUGUAAAGUCAUACACUCUUCACUUUCAAAACUGUAGCGGUACUUUAGUAGACGUGGAUCAUUUGAUGUUAUAUGAACUUCUUUUAUUUUAUUCCAUGUCAUUUCUGGUUUAUUAGAGUUUUUUAACCAAUUUUUGCCUUCCAAUAAUUUUUUGAAAUUAUAAAAAUCCGUUAUACUCAUCUCGACUACAUGAGUCAUCUAGUUUCAAAACCCCCUAAAACGAUUUUAUCCUAAAAUCAACCUUAUAUUAUUAUAAGGCAGCAUUUUAUUAGUACUUCAAGUUUGGUCAUUCAGUAAGUGUUAAAUUCCUCUAAAACGCCAACAAAAACAGUUAUAAAGUCAACGAUUGGGAUCAAAAGCCACUUAAACAUUGCGUGUGGCUUUCAAAAGCCCCUAUAAAUUGACUGACCAAUGGUAGCGCGUCAUUUUUGACACGUGACUUAACUUUAACUAUGCAAACAAGAUGGCGAUUUCUGUUGUGUGGUGUAGAUCUGUGUUUGUUAAUUUAAUGAUUUUAUGCCUAAAAAAUGGAGGACUUAAUGAAAUUUGUGAGAAAAUGCGACCCAAAAGAGACAAGGAAACGAUCUGUGAAUAGAGCAACCUGGAAACGUGAGAUUCUACGCCAAAAACGGUUUCUGAUUCAUCCUUUAAAAUCAGCAUCAACAUUAGCAAGAAUGGUAUUAUGCAGUAGGUACAAACCCUCAAGCUUGCCGCAGUUUCCGCAGUGUGGACACAAUCAAAAGGCGUUUCGAUGUAGUGAAAUAUCAUGUCAAGAUAUAAGAAAACUUUACAAGAUCCAUACGUGUGAUACGAAAGUGAAGCAAGACUGUUUUAUACUGAAAUAUUGUAAUAUAUCAGAAGCCAAAACAUUAAAUCCCAACAGUAAAAGAAAAGUUGCUAUUAAGUAUUCUAUACUUAGUAAAAGCGGGACCAAAAUACCGGUAUGUCAAAAAACUUUCAUGAGAGCACUAAUAAUAAAAAAAGAUCGAAUACAGGGAGUUAUGAACAGAUUUUUAAGUAGCGGAGGUCAAAUGCCAGAAGAGAAGCGUGGAGGUGACAGGAAGAGAGAAAAAUAUGAAGCAAAAAGAUUAUCCGUCGAAUGGUUCAUCGAAUCCUUUCAGGGACAAGAGAGUCACUAUUGUCGUUCGAAAAGUGCCAAUAGAAUAUAUCUUGAUUCAGGCUUGACAAUACGUAAAAUGUGGCGUAUGUAUAACGCUGCCCGUGACGAGGAUUUGAAAGUUAAACAAAGUUUUUUCAGGCAUGUUAUUAAUACUAAGUAUAAUAUAGGCUUUGGGAAUCCUAGGACAGACGUGUGCUCAACGUGCAUUGAACUGUCAGAACGCAUAAAAACGGAGAAGGACGCUUCAAAGAAAAACGUACUUAUGGUCGAAAAAAGAAUUCAUCGCCUCAAAUACAAAGCUUUCUAUGCAAUAUUGCAAGAAGAAAACGAAAAUCUUCAAACCAUAUCCUUCAAUUGCCAGAAGAACCAGGCGAUGCCCAAAGUACCGGAUCAAUAUGCCUACUACAGUAGACAGAUCAACUUUUACCACUUCGCCAUUGUUGUGGGAAAUUCAAAGGCUAAACUGAAUAAAAAUAACAUUAAUUCCUACUAUUGGGAUGAAACUUCACACUGCAAAGGUAGUAAUGAGAUAAUUAGCGCAGUUUACGAUUUCCUGAAAAACUUUGAAUUUGGAGAUACAAUAAAAAUUUUACGAAUAGUGUCUGACGGUUGCGCCGGACAAAAUAAAAAUACAGGUAUGAUAACGAUGCUCGGUAAAUGGUUGUACACAGAAGCCCCAACAAAUAUCAAGAAAAUAGAGCUGAUCUUCCCUGUUGUAGGUCACUCCUUUAUACCUCCAGACAGGCUGUUUGCCAGAAUUGAGAAAACACUGAAAACAAAGGAAGUGAUAAUCUCUCCAUCCGAAUAAGCAGCUGUUUUAAAACAAGAUGGUAUGUGCAAAGAUCUAGCGUCAAUUCCUGUAUUUGAUUGGAAAAAAAGUUACGAGUCCAUCAUUAAACCUACCACGUCUUGGCAUUUUCAGUUUAUGAAAAUAAAAAGAUUUUUUAUUACAAGAACAAAAACAGAAAACAUUUUAGUACAGGGUGAAGAGACGUAUAGAAACGAAAUACGCCAAAAAAAGACAAUCACAAAAAACCAUAAAAAAAUCACCAUGAUAUCUCCUCAAAUAAUCCAGCCAAAUCGUGUUUACAUAAAACAAGCUAAAAUUCAAGACGUCGACAGACUUCUUAAAAAACACUAUGGAAAUGAUUGGAGAAACUAGGAAGAAUUGAUUUUUUAAAAUCUUUAAUCGAGAGAAUGAGUACCGCUGAAACGAGAGACUUUAUGAGAUUGUCGGAAGAGACUGAUUUGUGUGAAGCAGGAUUUACGGAUAAUAUUUGUCAUGUUUGAAUUUUUUAUCCCUCUCUCUCUCUUUCAUUUUUAUUA